CUUCUCUUCUCUUCUUGAGUCUUCUCUUCCAUCUCCCUCUCAACGUUUAACAAAAACAAUAAUAAAUUCAAAGUAGAAAAACAAAAAAGCUUUACACUGAGAAGAAAUGGCGACGUUGUUACCGGAAUUGAAGCGGCAGGAGGCCGUGCUUUCGUCGGAAUCAGCCGACACGAUGUCGUUCACAUGUUGCUUGAAGAUGAGCUUAGAGAAUGACUCGCCGAUUUUGAUCUUUUGCUUCUUUCACAAAGCGUUCCGCAAUGAGCUCGACGCGCUUCACCGCUUGGCCAUGAAGUUCGCCACUGGACACCGUGUCGAUAUUGGCACCUUGUUCGAACGGUACCGUUUCUUGCGCUCCGUUUAUCAGCACCACUCCAAUGCUGAAGAUGAGGUUAUCUUUCCAGCUCUUGAUUUACGUGUAAAAAAUGUUGCAAAAACAUACUCUCUUGAACAUGAGAGUGAAAGCAAUCUAUUUGACCAUCUGUUCGAGCUGCUAAGCUCUUAUAGGAAAACUGAUGAAAGGUUUCCGAAGGAGUUAGCAUCUUGUACUAGAGCCCUUCUGACAUCAAUCAGCCAGCACAUGGCAAAGGAAGAAGAGCAGGUCUUUCCCUUGCUGAUUGGGAAGUUCUCGCCUGAAGAACAGGCAUCUCUACUCUGGCAGUUUUUGUGCAGUAUUCCUGUGAAUAUGAUGGCCAAGUUCCUUCCAUGGCUCUCAUCCUCUAUUUCACCUGAUGAAUAUCAGGAUAUGCGAAAGUGCUUAAGCAAGAUAGUCCCGGAAGAAAAGCUUCUUCAGCAGGUUAUUUUUACGUGGAUGGAAGGGAGAAAUGAUAAUGACAAUGUUGAAAAUUGCACAGAUGGUUUUGAGGUUGGAGGUCUAGAAGAUUCUACCUGUAAUGAAAGGACUCAACAAAUGAAUGGAGGAAAGUGUGCCUGCGAGCCAUCCAAGACUGCAAAAAGGAAAUAUUUAGAGCCAAGUAAUGAUGUCCCUGUUGCCACUGGGAUGUGUCCAAUUAAUGAAAUACUACUUUGGCACAAUGCUAUAAAACAGGAGCUGGAUGAGAUAGCUAAGGAGGCUAAGAAGAUACAAUUUUCUGGUGAUUUUAGUAAUUUAUCAGCCUUUGAGGGACAUUUGCAAUUUAUUGCUGAAGUUUGCAUUUAUCAUAGUUUACAAUCUCUUCAUCUGGAGCACUUCUUUCCUGGUCGCAGUAUUGCUGAAGAUAAGAUCAUAUUCCCUGCAUUAGAAGGAGAAUUUUCUUUUUCACAGGAGCAUGCUGAAGAAGAAAACCAAUUUAAUGACUUUAGGCAUUUGAUUGAAAGUAUUCAAAGUGCAGGAGCAAAUUCUACUUCUGCUGCUCAGUUUUAUGAAAAGCUAUGCAUCCAUACUGAUCAAAUCAUGGAAACUAUACUAGGGCACUUCCACAAUGAAGAAGUUCAGGUUCUUCCGCUUGCUCGAAAGCACUUCAGCUUCAAGAGACAGCAAGAAAUUUUGUACCAAAGCUUGUGCGUUAUGCCAUUAAAAUUGAUUGAGCGUGUCCUGCCAUGGCUGAUGGGGUCAUUGACUGAAAAAGAAGCCAUAAAUUUCCUUCAGAAUAUGCAAUCUGCAGCUCCAGCAACAGAUAAGGCUCUUGUCACUCUGUUUUCUGGAUGGGCUUGCAAGGGUAGGAAUCAGGGUGAAUGCUUGUCUUCCAAUGUAGUUGGCUGUUGUCUUGCUAAAAAGUUCGCUGAUAUUGAAGAAAAUGUCUCACAGUCAUGUCAUGCUUGCUCUUCGCGAUUUUGCACUGAUAACAAUCCAUUAUCAUCUCAAAAUAAAGUGAAAAGACGAGUGAAAAGAAAUGUUGCGGUGUUGUGUAAAAGUAGCAAUAUCCCUGACUCCUUGCAAACUGCAAAUUCCCUGUCUUUGAGUGAUCGGCCUUGUUGUGUCCCAGGUUUAGGAGUAUACAGCAACAAUCUGGGAUUCAGUUCUCACUCUACAACCAAGUCUUUGCGGUCCUUGUCUUUCAGCUCCUCUGCUCCAUCACUUAAUUCUAGUCUGUUUAUCUGGGAAACAGAUAGUAGUAGCUCUUAUGAUGUUGGAUGUGCAGAAAGACCAAUUGAUACCAUAUUCAAAUUUCAUAAAGCCAUCAGCAAAGACUUAGAAUAUCUAGAUGUUGAAUCUGGAAAGCUGACUGAUUGUGAUGAGACAUUCCUUCGGCAGUUCAUUGGAAGAUUUCAUCUCCUAUGGGGCUUAUACAGAGCUCACAGUAAUGCUGAGGAUGAAAUUGUUUUUCCAGCUCUGGAAGCAAAAGAAUCACUUCAUAAUGUGAGUCACUCAUAUACAUUGGACCAUCAGCAGGAAGAGAAACUGUUUGAAGAUAUUUCAUGUGUUCUUACUGAGAUUUCACAACUGCAUGAAAGCUUGCAAAGGGUCCAUUUGGAUGAAAAUUUAACUUGGAGUGACACUGAAUUCUUUGCAGCCCACGGGAGUGAUUUAAUGGACAAAUAUAUUGAGCUAACUACUAAACUUCAAGGGAUGUGUAAAUCCAUAAAAGUUUCUCUUGAUCAUCAUAUUUUGAGAGAAGAACUUGAGCUGUGGCCAUUGUUUGAUAGACAUUUCUCUCUAGAGGAGCAAGACAAAAUUGUUGGUCGCAUAAUUGGAUCUACAGGUGCUGAAGUGCUCCAAUCUAUGCUACCAUGGGUAACUUCUGCUCUUACUUUCGAUGAGCAGAAUAAAUUGAUGGACACAUGGAAGCAGGCAACAAAAAACACAAUGUUCAAUGAUUGGCUUAAUGAAUGCUGGAAAGGACCUCCAGAAUCAUCUUCUGACACUGAAGCAUCAAAUGCGAAAAUUUCUCAGACAGAUAAUGACUUUCAAGAAAGCUCGGAUCAAAGUGAUUCAAUGUUUAAGCCUGGAUGGAAAGAUAUCUUUCGUAUGAAUCAAAAUGAGCUUGAGGCUGAGAUCAGGAAGGUUUAUAGGGACUCAACUCUUGAUCCCAGGAGGCAAGCAUAUCUAGUUCAAAAUUUGAUGACAAGUCGCUGGAUAGCUGCACAGCAGAAGUUGCCUCAAGCAACAGCUGCGGAAACUUCUAAUAAUGGAGAUGUAAUGGGUUGCUCACCAUCAUUUCGUGAUCCAGAGAAACAAGUAUUUGGGUGUGAGCACUACAAAAGAAACUGCAAAAUUCGUGCGGCUUGCUGUGGCAAGUUAUUUACCUGUAGAUUUUGCCAUGACAAAAUGAGUGAUCACUCAAUGGAUAGAAAAGCAACAUCGGAAAUGAUGUGUAUGCUAUGCCUCAAAAUUCAGGCUGUUGGGCCAACCUGCACAACCCCUUCAUGCAAUGGGCUAUCUAUGGCAAAGUACUAUUGCAGCAUAUGCAAACUCUUUGAUGAUGAAAGGGUUGUGUAUCAUUGUCCAUUUUGCAAUUUAUGCCGUCUUGGGAGGGGUCUUGGCAAAGACUAUUUUCAUUGCAUGACCUGCAAUUGUUGCUUGCCCUUGAAGAUAGUGAACCACAAGUGCAUUGAAAAAUGUUUAGAAACAAACUGCCCUAUCUGCUGUGACUUCCUAUUCACAUCAAGUGACAUUGUCAGAGCUUUACCUUGUGGCCAUCACAUGCAUGUUGCUUGCUUUCAGGCAUACACUUGCAGUCACUACACCUGCCCAAUUUGCAGCAAAUCCUUGGGAGAUAUGGCAAUCUAUUUUGGCAUGCUUGAUGCUCUUUUGGCUGCGGAGGAGCUUCCAAUGGAAUAUAAGAAUCGUUUACAGGAUAUUCUUUGCAACGACUGUGAGAAAAAGGGCACCGCACGCUUCCAUUGGUUAUAUCAUAAAUGUGGAUCCUGUGGAUCUUACAACACCCGGGUGAUCAAGAGUGAGGCAACAGCUCCGGACUGCUCGACAUAAAUAACAGGUUUCUUUUAUUCUGUAAAUAUUCACAUCCAUUAGCUUGUAAAUGCUCAUAUAAGAAACCCAAAAUUUACCCUCUUGAACCCUUUAGAAAUAGCAGCUUUAUAGGUUGUAAUAUCGUUAUUGAAUUCACUAUAGAGUAUAGAGACAACAGUAGAAACGGAGAGAGUAGUAGAAGCUACAGAAGAUUGAAAUAUCGAAAUAUAUUGGCACAUGAGAUUCGUAAAACUAGCAGUAAAAGUUUAUGGCAUGAAACUUUGUAAUUGUAAGUUGUAAUUUUAUGUAAUGGUUGGCAUCUCUCCAACUCAAAUAAGAGCCAGACGAUUUUCAGA